CACAACACAGCGCGCUGCCAUUGGGUGCGUGGGUAACAGUACGCUGCAGGUAGUGGCAAGGCGUGGAUGAGUGCAUGUGGAAUGUUGUGAUAGCAGUGCAUAGCAAUUGUUAACAUUUGGGUGUAGCUGCCAGAAGAAUGAAAAUGAAGACAGCUUUGUCUCGUCAAGGAUUCUUUGCUACCUGCAUUAUUGCGGCAGUUAUUUUUAAAACAGCAUCUGCAAUCUGGUGCUACCAGUGCCGUAGCACUGACCAUAAAGACCCUUUUCAAUGUGGAGAGUACAUGACGUCAGACAUCAGCAUUGAGCCCCUGGAUUGUAAAGCUGUGUACAAUGCUCAGUACUGUGUCAAACAAACUGGUCGCUUUGAAGGUGGCCUAGGCACAAAGAGAUUCUGUUCAUCUCAUGAUUUGGGUAAUUACUGCAAUUAUAUCCAGCAGCCAGGUGAUGAACUGGAAUACCGCUCAUGUGUUUACACGUGCUCAACAGAUGGUUGCAAUGUUGCCAAUGUCCAGCAACCCACAGUUCACAUGUUUCUCUGCAGCCUUUUGUUUGCAGGAUUUUAUUUCAGCUUCUACUGAAAUUUUGUUGUAGAAUAAUAUGUGGUUAAUGUUGCAGUGACUUGGCACAAAAGUGCUCAAACUUGAGUGCAAUACACCACAUUCAUCAAUAUUUCACAAAUAUAAACUUCUCAGGGUAUUAUGCUUCUGCAACUUGUGGACUGGCGAUGUGAAGUUCAUUCCACCAUGAAUGAAAUGGUUGACUUCAUGUUUAACUUCCUGAUUUGUGACCCGUAUGAAGAUGCAGUUCUGAAACUGUGGCCACUGUAAUAAAUUUUAAGUACACCGAUAAGAAUUUUGUACUUAAUGACAUAUUUACUUAUUUUGUUAGAUUGUUGUUUCCUUUUGUUACUAAUUUCCAGAUAAUAUUAUUAAAAUAGCUUUUACAGAAAAAAUGGAAUGAUAUUUCUCCUUUGGAUGAGUUUUUUUGAAAAGUCAUUGUACCUAUUGUAAACACACUAAAAUUAUGUUGAUAAUUUUUCUUGGUGUAACAGUUAUUGUAGUCUGUGAUACAAUGUGGAUACUCUGUAAUUCUGUAACCAAAAUCUUCAAAAAACAUUCAGCAAUAAAAUACAUCCUAUAAAAUUUGUA